AUGAGAUCCCCUAUGUUUGGUGGUUUCUCUUCCUCAUUCACAAACAUUGGUUCAACAUCUUCAUGGUUCGAGAUAUAUGCUGCCUUUUCAACAUUCAUGAUGCUCUUAAGAACCGCAAUCAACGAUCUGAUACCCUUCAAACUUCGAAACUACAUUAUCUCAAAAGUCUCAUCGUUCUUCACAAAUUACCAACCCAACAACCAAGUCUCACUUCAAAUCGACCAGUUUUGGGAUGGACUCACCAACCACCUAUACUACGCAGCCAAAGAGUAUCUCCCAACUAAAAUCUCCAACACUUACAAGUCCCUGAAAGUUGGCAAAAUAUCGAAACACAACAACGUUCUCUUAGCUUUCGAUGGAAAACAAGUAGUCACGGACGAGUUUGAAGAUAUCAAAGUCAAAUGGAAGCUCAUUGAAAAUUCUAAAGAUGAUGAAUUUUUCGAAAAUCCUAGGAAGGAAUUUAAGCAUCAUAAUAAGUCAAAAGACUACGAUGAAAACGGAUUUGUGUUAAGUUUUGAUGAGAAAUAUAGAGAAAAAGUAAUGAAGAAGUAUAUUCCUCAUAUUUUAAGCACUUAUGAAACUAUAAAAGCAGGAAAUAGAACUCUCAAGAUUCAUUCUAUGCAAUCUGGGCCUUGGAAACAAAGUGAUUUAACACAUCCUGCUUCAUUUGAUUCAAUCGCUUUGGAUCCUGAUCUGAAGAAAUCUAUAAUUGAUGAUUUAGAUAGGUUCUUGAGGAGGAAGAAGCUUUAUCAAAAAGUGGGUAAGCCUUGGAAACGUGGCUAUCUUUUGUAUGGUCCACCAGGGACAGGAAAAUCUAGUCUUAUUGCUGCUAUAGCUAAGCACUUGAAAUUUGAUGUGUACGAUUUGGAUCUGAGUUCAGUGUUUUCUAACUCGGAACUCAUGAGAGCCAUGAGAGAAACAUCUAACAGAUCUAUCGUCGUCUUUGAAGAUAUUGACUGCAACACUGAAGUGCUUGAUCGAUCAAAAUCAGACAAGUUUUCAGAUAAUGAUUUUGUAGACACUCCUGGUGGUGGUAAGAUGGUUAGGAACAUGCCUAUGCCUAUGCCGAGAAAGUUUACACUUUCGGGUCUUCUUAAUUAUAUGGAUGGAUUGUGGUCAAGCUGUGGAGAGGAAAGGAUUUUGAUAUUUACUACAAAUCAUAAGGACAAAGUUGAUUCUGCGUUGUUGCGUCCCGGUCGAAUGGAUAUGCAUAUUCACUUGUCAUUUCUUAAAGGCAAGGCGUUUAGAAUCUUAGCUUCUAAUUAUUUGGACAUUGAAGAACAACAUGGUCCACUCAUUGAACAAAUUGAGGAGCUAUUGGGAAAAGUUGAUGUCACCCCUGCAGUAGCAGCAGAGUAUUUGUUGAGAAGUGAGGAUCCUAGUGUUGCUCUUGAAGCACUUGUUCAAUUUCUUCAAGAAAUUGAUGUUUCAAAAGUUGUUGUAAAUGAAGAGAAUAAUCAGAAAGUUUAG